AUGGAGCCGAAGAAGUCUUCUCCUCAGCACCAGCCCCACGCCAUGGAGCCCAAGAAGUCCUCUCCUCGCGGCGCCGGGGCCGCCGCCGCAACUGAAGCCGAGUCCCCGUUGAGCAGCUUGUUCUACCCGCCGGCGCCCGCGGCAGAUGGGAAAGAUCAGGACUUGUACAACAUUCUUUACAAAGGGCAGAGCGGGAGCGCACAAGCUGGCGUGACAGAUGAUAAACCGCAAUGGGCUCCUUCCAAAAGUCGUACCGCGUACUUAAAGGAUGGUAAAAAUUCGCCACCUUAUGAUUCAGUUGAUACGUCGUGUUUUGGAUCAUCUGUGCAUUAUGGUGGUCGAGAAUAUUUUUACGGCAGCUCUACUACCAAGAAAGCAACAGAAUCCUCCGCUGAUUACAAAGGGGACAAGAAAGAUCCAGCCACAGAUUCUCAUGGCGACUGGCUCAUUUUAUUACUAAGAGAACCUGGUGGCCUCUCCUUGAAGAACAAGAAAACUAGCUGCCAGAUUGAUAUACAACGAUGUGCCUGUGGAGAAAGGCCAGUGGGUGGGGUGGGAUUAACUGUCUUGGAGUGA